GUUUCUCAUGUAGUUAACGUAACGCUCCAACGUGAUGGCCCCUUAAGUAAGUACAAGACCACCUUAUUGAAUUAUCCCACGUCGCUUGCAUCAAUCUUAUAGUUAUUUGUGUUCGAAGAACCAGUCCCAGGCUAGCACUCGCAUCGAAAGGUUGAUAAUCACGUCUCUUGAAUAAAAUGGGUUCGUUCACUAUCAUUUUGUCCAUCGCUGCGGUGGUGUUGAUGAUUUCAAGCAGUGAGGCUGCCGGCAACUGCCCCCUACCGUCCAAAGUGUACAGCUGCAGUCCGAAGUGCCUGCAGGACUACGAGUGCACCCAUGGCAAGGUGUGCUGUAACAACGGCUGCAACGCCAAGUCCUGCACGGAGCCCGCGCCUUACGGAGGCGCCGGCGGCUCCAAGUGCUCCAACAAGUAUGGCAGUGGUAGCGGCACGUAUUGUGACAACGUGAAGUGCAACUCCUUCGAGGUGUGCAAGAUGGACCCCGCCACCAAGCGCAUGAAGUGCAGCCGCGCUUUUGGUUAUCUAGGACAUACAUUGCAAUCUGAACUUGCAGUCCGUCCCAAGGACUGGAGAACGCCCGUCAAGUUUUCGUGGGUAGAUGAAGACCCUGCCCAUCUGGCAGGGAAAGUCCCACAUAGCCCACUAUCUCAGACUAUGCACGUGAAUGUGAACACAGCUGCUUUUACCGGACAAAAGUUUGAAACUUUCAAAAUGGAUUCAAGGCUUCUACUGUGUGUCGUUGUAGCGGUUUUGGCUGUUGCACAAAUCUCUGAAGCCCUAGGCUCCGGCCGCUGCCCGCCUCCCAAUAAAAUCCACACCUACAGCAAGAAGGCAACCUGCAAGCAGGACUACGAAUGCAACAACGGGAUGAUCUGCUGCACCAAUCCUGCACACGUCAAGUCCUGCACCUACCCUGAGCCCUAUAAUGGAGGGAAUGGAGGCAGCUAUAUGUAUUCAUCUAGCGGCACUAGUGUUCACUGCGAGGGUGUGAAGUGCCAGCCCUUCGAAGUCUGCAAGCCGGACCCCAUCACCAAGAGACUGAAGUGUUCUCGGCCUUAGGCCUUAGUUAUUUAAAAAAAGGUUUUACCAACCUCUUGCUGUAGGUCUAAAUGACGACAUUAUACGCUUUAUAAGCUUUGUGAA